AUGACACCAUUUAUGCCCUUUCAUCAGGUUCAGGAAGGGCGGGUCUACCAUGGAUUGUGUCCAAACAAGGCCCCACCUAAGCCCAGGUUUGCCGGAGUGAGAACGCUCUUCGAACCUGGGUUAGCCGACUUAUCUGGAGCCAAUAUCGUCGACUCCGAUGCCCUUGUCCUGUACUUCCCUGGUCCCAAGACGGUGACCGGCGAAGAUGUGCUCGAACUUCACGUUCAUGGAGGGCCAGCGACCGUGAAAGCUGUCCUCUCUGCUGUCCGGAGAUGUCCGUCAUCAACAGAGAUACGCUAUGCUGGUCCAGGCGAGUUCACGAGACGGUCUUUCCUUAACGGUCGCCUAGAUCUCGCUCAGAUCGAGUCCCUUGGUGACACUCUUGCCGCCGAAACCGAGCAUCAACGACGGGCGGCCGUCCGGGGCAACUCGGGUACCCUUGGAAAGACGUAUGACAGCUGGCGCGAUCAGCUCUUGCUCGGCCGCGGGGAGAUCGAGGCGCUAAUUGACUUCUCGGAAGAUCAGCAUUUCGAUGAGUCGCCUGCCGAACUUCUUACCAACGUGACCAGGUUGACCGAGGACAUUCUUCACUCCAUCGGGCUUCACAAACUUGGAAGUCAACGUAGCGAGCUUCUUCGAAACGGGAUUCGUAUUGCGCUUUUGGGGCCUCCAAACGCUGGAAAAAGCUCGUUGAUGAAUCAGAUAGUCGGUCGUGAAGCCUCAAUUGUAUCGGCUGAGGCUGGUACAACCAGAGACAUUGUCGAGGCAAGCCUUGAUAUUCGGGGGUACCUCUGCUCUUUCGCAGAUACGGCUGGGAUUCGAACGAAGACGUCGGAAUCCUUGGGGCAUCACGAUGGAACUGCAGCUUCCACCAUCGGCGCUAUCGAGCAGGAAGGCAUCCGGAGAGCACGACAGAAGGCACUGGAUUCGGAUGUCAUCAUCGUGCUGGCUUCUGUAGAGGCAACAGAAUCUGGAAACCAUCGAAUAAGCUACGACCUCGAGACGCUCCAAUUGGCAGCAGGCGCGCAGCAGUGUCUCGUUGCGGUAAACAAAACCGAUAUCGUGAGCCCAGAGUCACUCGAAUUACUGAUCCAGGAUUUCAAAUCUUCGGUAUUGGCGGAUAUCGACGGCCUUAGUGGUCAAGAGCCGCUGACCAUUUCCUGCAAGGCUGCUGCAGGGCUGACUGAUGCGGGCGGCAUACAUGAACUCACUGAAAUAUUAGCACAGUCAUUCGCGAGCCUUACCUCGCUACCCGAUGACAUGCAGCAUCUACUUGGAGUCACCGAACGGCAGAGCCAACUGCUUUCAGAGUGUGAACGCCACCUUGGCGAUUUCAUGGCCGAGGCCAAGAAGUCUGACUCUUAUGAUGAACCGGACAUCGUCCUCGCGGCGGAGCACUUGCGGCUCGCCGGUCUUCGACUUGCUUCUAUCACCGGGCGCGGUGAGUCCGGUGAUGUGGAGGAGGUACUCGGCGUCAUCUUCGAAAAGUAA